AAAUGCGUGGGAAAAGGUAAGUAGUUUUGAUUAACUAGUUCUAAUGAUUUUGCCUAUAGUACUAUUCACAUUUUUUUUUUUUUUUUUGUAAUGUGUAAGAUGUGUUUGAUACAGUUUAUGUGUUUAUGUAUUAUUGGCCAUAUGUUAAGACAUAAAGAUCCUAAAGAUCACAAGUAGAAUCACUGGUAAGAAAAGGUUGCUAGGACACAGUUGUCAGGGAGUCUUCUAUCUCUUUUGUACACUCUCAAACACAAGCAAUUUCCCUAAACAGCACAACUCUAAGGGAUUGGAGAAUGUGUUGCUCUUGAGAGCAGGUUUCGCUGCAAACGUCAGUUUGGUAGAGGUUUGAAGCAGAGUGGAGCUCAGGCUGAAUCAUCUCUUACAACAGACAGAAACAAAUCUUUAGGCCAUGGUCAUUGUUGGUCAACUGUUGUGGUUGCUGCAUUUCUUUCCAUACCGAUUAUUGUCAAAUGUAGAAGGGGUUUUUUUUUUCUGGAGGACUGUUUGACCCUUAUCCAUCAUGAGUUUGAAAGCAAGAGUGAUGCAUGUCCGUGAGAUUGCAUGGGCUCAGGAGGAGUGUCCAUUCUUUGAGCCAGUGGAUAUCGCCUCUGAGGGAAAUGGCUUGUGUGCUCCUGGCCUUUUCAAAUCAAGAAAGGUGAGGCCUGUUGCCAGAAUCAAGAAAAGUUCCAUGUCUCUGACUCAGAGCUCACCUAAGGAGUUCUUUUUGACACUGCUGGAAAGAACUGCAAUAGAGGAGCUAUGUUAUAAGGUGAACAGAACCCUUGAUGAGGACCUUACAAUCUACUGUCAGAAUACAGAGAGGUUGGCAGAAGUUCAUUACUUUGACUUUGUCAUGUGGAUUGCCAUUGGCCUCAGAAUUGGGCUUCACACUGAAGCUUGCCUGGGUCGUCCUGUUCGGAUCACGCCGUCCAUAGAGAACUGGUUGGAGAAGUUGAGCGGUUCUUUCCAGAACACCCUGCUGUGUUUAUGCAGACGCGGUGAGGAGGAGCACUGGGAGAUUCUCCACACGCUCAGAGAGCACGUCUCACGUCGCUUCCAAGAAACAUACACACCUGGCCAACAGCUGCUGGUGAAGAAGUUCAGCCUUUUGGUGGACGGUCAGGUUUGCCCCCUGAAUGUGGCCGUGCUCUUUGAGCUCUCAACUGGCUAUAUGUGCAACUUCUACCUGUACUCCAUGCCGCUGCUCCAGAGAGGCUCUCAGGCAUCAGUAUUGGAGCAAGUGCUUCACCAUCUCCUCAAACCAUACGUCAACAAGGGCUACCAUGUGCAACUGGACAGUUCAGCCUUCAUGAAGGGCAAGCUAACCCAGAUAUUCUCUGGCCUGGGAAUAAAUCUCAAGGUUGUGAACUUUGGCCUGAAUGAGCCUGUGUCUGAGAACGAGUGCCCUCCAUUGGUGGAGCAGUACUCAAAUCUGCUACAGUCUCAUCUCCAGGGCUGGGUUGGCCCUGCGGUGCUAAGCAACUCGGGUGUCACAGACAUGCUCUUCCAGGGCUUCUGGCUGACCGUGCAUCUCACUGCCAUCAACUCCUUUGUUAUGCACUCAAUGCCAGUUAUGAAAACUGAGGGAUGCAUGAAUUUGAGUGAGUUUGUUAAAGUCGUUGCCUCACAACUGCCCAUGGAAUACUUUCUAGCAACUCCAGGGACAUCAGAAGCACGCAACUCAACAGACUGGUGUUGUAACUCAAAUGCAAGAACUUGGUCUUCUGACAGCGGCCGCUGCCUGAUCUCUCCAGAGGAGCUCAGCUCCACCAGCAGCGGUGUCUCUGGGGCCCGACGGCAGCCGGGCCUGUGCGGCCUGGUCAACUCGGGCAACUCCUGCUACAUGAACGCUGUGCUGCAGUGCCUCUGCAGCACCGUGCCUCUGGUGGAACACCUCCUCAGCGAGCAGACCAAGGAGGACAUAUCCAGGAGGUCCUGUGAGGUGGCAGGGGCCUUUGUCACUUGCCUGGAGACAAUGUGGUCAGGACAAAUGGACACUUGGUGCCCUUCCAAAGUGAGAGGGAAAAUGUGUGGCCAGCACUCUCUAUUUAGCAACAACUCUCAGCAAGAUGCCCAGGAGUUUCUUCUCUUCCUCUUCAACGCCCUCCAUGACGACCUCGUCAAGAAUGGAGGCAAACUAAAGAGGGUGUCCAGCACUAAACAGGGCAAGAAGACCCCUAACCUUGCCACUGACUCGUCCAUCAUCACAAACCUCUUUGAAGGCCAGCUCACCUACAACACUCUCUGUAUGCACUGUGACCAUCAGACGCACAGCAACCAGAUCUUCACCAUCCUGUCCCUGCCCAUCCCACCCGACAACUACAAGUGUCCACUGCAGGACUGCCUGGCUCUGUUCUUCCAGCAGAGCACUCUGACCAAAGGAGACCAGAUGUGGUGCACCCAGUGUGGGAUGAGGCGCGACGCAGCUGUCCUCACCACGCUGUCUCAACCCCCAGAGGUUCUCAUACUUCAUCUGAAACGGUUUGAUUGUCAGGGACAAACCAAAAGGAAGCUUAGAACAAAUGUAAUUUUCCCUUUGACAAAUUUGGAUCUUUCUCCUUAUCUAAGCAAUUCAUCAUCUCAACACAAUAAUUAUUCAUUAUAUGGUGUGGUGAACCACACCGGCGACUUGGACAUGGGCCACUACACCGCAUGCUGCCGCAGCAGCGUGACCAGGAGAUGGCACGUGUUUGAUGAUGCCAAUGUGGAGAGCCUCCCAGAUGUUGUUGUUCAGUCCCCAGACGCGUACAUCCUUCUCUACUCACGAGAACAAUAUAGUAGACCCCGUAUUCCAGCGGCGCGCCUUCACACACGUUAGCAACUAACAAUGGCAACAUCAAAUGGAAAUGUAAUAGGUUUACAGAACACAAACUUUAUAAAAAAUGUAAGUCCUGCUAUGUCAAGAUGGAUUGUUAUAUUUGGUCAUGUAAAGAGCAUAUUUGAAAUAAAUUAAAUACAUUUGAACAUAAAA